UGCAGUUUGAGAGAUAUCGUGUUUGAUACUGAUUGGUUUCGCUUAUCCAAGCCCCGAGCUGAAACAAUUCACUUUGAAUGAUAGGAGAUUCGAAGACGUUACCGUUAGCAAAUCGAAGUUUUGAGUUUUGACCUCUUAGGAAAUGAUUCACACUAAGAGACCCUGUUGGCGUUUCGUAGCUCUCAGCCAUGCAACGCAUCUAACUUCCGUCCCGUCCAUCCGUCGAUCCGCAAACGGCACGGAAGUCUAUCUUCACCUCAUGUGUAUUAACAUGUUGCAGUUCUUAUACAAUCUGAUGCUCGCCUAUACUUGACAACCCCUUACCCGACUCCCGAUAUGUUUUAUUGCGCUGAACGCGUGUUGGCGACGGCUAUGGGGAGUCUUAUAAUUUCCUGAUCAGACAUAUCCGAUAUUACCUUUCUAAAUUUCGUGAUAGGAAUCAUUGGAAUUACGUGGCCAUCCCUUUUUCCCCCAUCCGCAUACCACUAGUGUUGCACGGUGAAAUGACUACCUCAACUAUGGGACAACAAACACAAGUCGCGUAACCGACUCCAUAAGCGCGAUGUAUCCGAGAUACAACUGAAGAACACAAGACCCAAGAUAUCUCCCUUUUUUGUUUUCUCUUUGCUUGUUGCUUGACAUAUUGACUCUGAGUCUGUAGAUAUGGUUGGGUUCUCUUGUCAUAUCUAAUCUUAUCUCGUCUUAUCUUAUCAGCCAGCCAGCUUUUAUCAUCGACUACCCUGAACCCCAGGAGCUGAAAACUUAAGCUUCGUACCAAGGAUCCUCCCAUGCUUGUGCUGGACCAGUUGGGUAGGAUGCCCAAGCCAAUUGAGCUAGGCGUGCCUCACCGCUCAUGUACGUAAGGAUUGCUAAUUGCUCUUGUAAUUGUAGAACGUUGCACUAAAUACUUGCUAAUCAGUGUAGUGCAAUACCUCCAACUUUUCACGAUCGCACCAAUUGACACGGCAGGCAUGUUCUCAGCUGUUCACGAUUUCUAAUCAAUGCUGCACAAUGUCUCCAGUCUAUUCGAUCGUUAGUCUAUGCGGUGCAAUGCUCUCACAUAUUUAAUCCCGCGUUGCUCUCUUAAAUUUGAAGCUUUAUCCCAGGCUGUUAAGUGGAACUCAACUGCACAUCUGACCAUAUGGCUUCAUCAUCCUCAACGCAAACUGGCAAAGCCAGCACGAGAGAGGACUUGUUGUCCGUUCUGAGAGGCCAAAGCCUUAGAGUCUCGGACUUGGCUCUGAUGCAUGCCGGAUGGCCGAAAGACAUGAAUCCGCACGUGGAGGCCAUAGACGUUAAGAUCCUCCAGAUGAUUGAAACACAUGCUGUCAACGAAACGGUACGCUCGCGUCUGACCAAAGCUAACCUGUCGGAGCAACUGGCGGGCUGGUACCCGUACGCCUCCCGCGAAAAGCUAGAGGUCUUGACAUCCUUUCAAGUCUGGAUGUUUAUCAUCGACGACCUUCUCGAUCAAUAUUCCAUCGUCGAGCAGUUCGAUUACAAUAAGCUGCAGGCCCUACUGGAUGACUGCGAAGACUAUGUCGAGAAAAGCCUUGGUGUAUCAAGCCAGGAGGUAGAGCCGUCGACUCAUUAUCUAGACCACGAUGCUGUACUGUCAUUUGAGGAGUACGCCUCAACCGUUCGUCGUAUUUACAGGGACAAUCCGAGUUACCGAAAGCGCAUAGCGAAAGAGGCUAUUGCUACCCUGAGAGCAUACCAAAAGGAAGCUUUUAAUCGAAGAAAUGCCCAUCUUCCUUCUCUAGACGAAUAUCUCGGCUACCGGGAUGCAUCUUGUUGUAUGAAGCAAGUGGUGGCCAACAUCGAGUUCGCCAAUGGACUUGACUUGCCUGAGUACGUCAUGGAAUCUAAGGAGAUUCGCGAUCUAUACGAAGCGGCCGUCGCUGUUAUGUGGAUCACGAAUGACAUUGUGAGCGUGCGCAAAGAGAUACGAGAAGGGUUCGUCGAGAACAUCGUGGUGUUGUUGGCGCAUGGCAAUAUGCAACGAGGACUUGAUGCGUCGCUCGACAGGCUUCAAGUUGAGAUCGAUAGAGUGAACAAAGCUUCUGAUGACGCUGCAAGUCGAUUUGCCGGCGAGACUUUUGAGCGCGACAUCGCCUUGCUGGCGAAGAACUGCAAGAAUAUGUGCCUGAGCAGUUGGUUUUGGAGGUAAGUCCCAUUUGUAUCCAAUUCUAGUGCUGCAACUGACAAAGCAGCGUCAAAACCCCAAGAUAUUGUCUGCACGAUAUAGAACCGGAUGCGAAUGGGGGCUUUAACUUCACGAUUGAUCAAAUUGCCGAGGGGACAUCGUGAGUUCGUUGGGCCGUGAUAUUUCCGGGUUAACCAUCACAUUCAGUCGCUAAACAAGGAGUCCACUCUACGGAGUUGCUGAUUUUUAACCAGUGUUGGUACUAGAAGAGUAUAAAAUGACACGUUUUGUAUUCGCUGUGGCGCUGUGAUAUCCCCGUGAACCCUCCACGCCAUGAUAUUCAUUCCGUA